CAAAAAGACUCAAAACUCAUGAGCCCGUCAAUACUGAUCAAAAACACCAAUGAUGAGUACAGAGACACUGAUAAGAUCUCAUCCGAUAGUCCGGUAUCGGGUUUCGAAGUCACCCUGCGCGGGAAAAUAAUAUUUUAAUUCAUGGGAAGUGAAGGACCAGGAUGCUGUUGUGAUUCUGGAGAAAACUCCCAUCAGACCGGACACACUACCUGAGCUGCUGAAGAGAAGUACCUUGAAUUUGGAUAUGAGAAAUGAUGUGUACAGCACAUAUCAGCUACAGGCUCCAGCUCAACUGAAUGGUUGCUCUGUUAAUUUUUGUAUCUGUUAUAGCAGUGGAGCCCAACCCGACCCAGUGUUCAAAACAGAAAUCAAGACAACAGUUGUGUGCCCUGCAGCAGAGAAGCAUAAAAAGAAAUAUUUGCGUCAGGAGAUUUGUCUGGUUGAAGAAUCCGGGGAGUAUUAUCGAAACAUCACCCUGCCGUACAUCAGCGGUCAGAGCUUCAGUGUGCAGUGGGUGCACAUCUUGGGCAAGAACGCUGAAGCCGAUCGGAUUGUUUUUGAAGAUCCAGACCCCAAUGCUGGCUUUGUCUUAUUACCGGAUUUCAAGUGGGACCAAAACUCGAAGACUUAUACUUGAUUGCGGUUGUCUACCGGAGGGACAUUAAAAGUUUGAGGGAUCUUACAUCAGAGCACCUGACAUUACUGUAAAAUAUCCACAGCAAAGGAGAGGUGAGCUGUACUGAGUUACAGAUAAUUUGUCAAAUUGCAUUAAGAAUAUAGAAGGAACUUUUGGUCUGCACAUAAAAAUAAUGAUGCAAUUGCUCUUUUGUCCAGCAGAUGUCACUGUUGAUCUGAGGAUUUAGACAGAAAGGGACACCCUAUUUUCUCCUUGUCCACUGUUUACCUUGUUUUUUUGAGAGCAUGUGCACAAAAAUAAAUGACACCAGUCUGAGCCAUGGAGUAGCAGUUAGUACUAGGGAUGCAAACUGUUCACCUUAUAGCUAGUCAUCUUUUCUGAAGCUAAUUUGGCAAAUUUUUGGGGUAUAUUUUUCAAUAUUUUCCUUAUUAAAAUCACUUAAGAGGGUUACUUUAAGCUUAAACACUUAAAAAAGCUUUAAAUACAACAAACAAAUUAACUGAAAAUAUACGUCUGAAACACCUUCUAUGACUUUCUAACUUUUGUCACCUCUCAUGAGUUUGCAUCCCUGUAGUUCUUUAGACGUGUUGUUGAAGUUGUGGUGCUCAUUUGGGAAGUACAGGUUCAAUGCCAGCUGCAAUACAUCCUGAUUACGACAAAAGCCUCAAAAAUACAAGAAUAAAAAUACCGACAUAAGGAAAAAUGACAAAAUAUGUUUUUUCCAGGUACAUUUGUGAAGUUUAGCAUGGCUGCAUUUAAAUCAAAUUCAGAUCUUAUCUGUAUCAACAAGACACCAUUAAGCAGGAGUACAGCGUUCCUCCCAGCAAACUGUGCGUAUAUCUGCACUAUCAGCCCUCAUACUAUCACCUCCAUGUUCAUUUCACCUCGCUGGACUACGAAGCUCCAGGCUGUGGGGUGGAAAGAGCCCACCUGCUUUCAGAUGUCAUCCAGAACUUACAGGCAGAUUCCAGUUACUAUCACAACCGCUGCCUGACUUUCCCUCUGCGAGCCGAUGACGGUCUGCUCCUCAGAUUCAAAGAUGCCGGAAAGCUCUAGAGACCAGUGAUCUCUGAGGGCCUGACCACUUUUUGUAUUUUUGAGUUAACUUUGUUAAACCAUUUUUUAAAUUUUUUUUUUAAGAUUUUCUUGUUGUAUUGUGUCAGUGUGUACAGUGUACAGGUUUCCUAUUGAAAUUUCUAUCAUCUUUUGGAACCGAUCCUAAUGAAAUCAAGUACGAGUCUGAAAUGAAACAAUUAAGAUUUACUGCAUGAAUAAUUUCUGACUGGAGUCCUGUUGAAUAUUGUGUUUGUAUUAGAAUAAGCCAUUGCUGCAGUACAGAUAGCUUUUAAUGAUGGCCUAAACAGCAUUUUAUCCUGUUGUAAACCUCAUAGUCCUAGUGGGAGCAAUGUGUUAGCAAAGAUCUUGGUGUUUUGUUGUUUUAGUUUACUGUAAUCCUACGAGAAA